AUGGACAAUCUGUCUCACCCGGGACGACAAGAUGUCCCUCAGGGAUCAAAUGGACAAAGUUCAACGGGUAUAUGGGGUGAUCCUGCUAAUCUAAUGAGGGUGUAUCCUAUACCCGCUUAUACGCCUACUGCCAGAGUCGCAAAUCAUAUAGCAUCGAACGCAACUACUUAUCUACCUUCCAUCUCACCAUCUGAAGCUUAUCCUCAAUAUACAAACGUUUUUGAGAGAAUGGAUCAUCCUCAAUCUGAAGAAGAUCAGCAACUGAGACAACAGGCUGAGCUACAGAUCAGACAAUUACUCACAUCUUCUGGUCAAAGUUAUCUUCCAACUCCUUCUUACACUUCUUCUUACUCCUCUACACCCACAGAUGGACCGAACAACCUACCGAAGCUCCCAAUGCCAUACACUUUUCUCCCUUCUUAUCUCCCCUCUGGAGGUUAUCGUGAACCUCCCACACCAACUUCCAUCAUCUCUUCAAAUCCCUCCCCUCUUCAUGCUCCUGAAACCCCUUCCCCGGCCAAAGAAUACUUUGAGAAUUACGUUGAUCGUGUUCUCAAAUCUCAACCUGUCCCACCUAGUGAGAGUGAAUCUGAGCCAUCUUCUUCUAGACCACCCUCAAUAACUUCAACACCUCAUCUUUCUCGGACUUUGGCAAGGACUGCUUUGACACCUGAUGAAUCACCGGAUGCACUUACCGGUCCCUCGCCCUCGAAAAGAAGAAAACAGGGCAGACAGGUAGACUCGCAAUCACCUUCUGUACGAUUGAGUCUUGGUUCAAAGGGAUUUCCCAUUGGUAAUCCGCCAAAACCUAGGAAGUCAAGAGACGAAACACCGACACCAACACAAGCAAGGGUGAAAUCGGUUUCGAUAAGUCCGUCGCAAGUACAAGUGGUUAUUCCUACCCGGAAAUCCUCACUCAGCAUCCAAGAUGAGGAAGAGUCUGAUGAGGAUGAAUUGGAUUGGGGUGAGACUGAAAAGGACGAAGAUUGGGUGAUGAGAGACAACGAUGAGAUGUAUAGACCUCAAACACCCGAGUAUCGUGCGACACCUCCUAUGGGUAGUGGAAGGACAGGCGAGAGAGAUACAAGGACUAAUCUGCAAAGAUUACAAACCCUUUGUGAGGAUAUCUUUGAAGAAGCCGAUAAUUUCCCAGCAGAGAUCUCAACUGAAGAUGUCGGUGGUAGCCAAUUCUUCUCUGCUAUAUCGAAGGAAGGUGACGCCGCGCUGCUCUCGGCAGCCUCUAUGGAUAAGCUCAUUCGAUAUGUUUCCCGCGUCCAAGGGACAAGAAGAAAGUUCAAGCAUUCUGAUGAGCUCCUACAGCUCGAGGUUGAAGUGAUCAAGAGACUUUUCCGAUUGUUGGAACGCCGACUUCGUGAAGUGGAAGACAUCGUGAUAUUUCCAGAUGACGUCAGUGCCAACAUGAAGGCCAAAGGUAAAGGGGGCAAAGCGAAGAGGGGCAAAAAGUCCUCCAAGUCACCAGAGAAAGAUGUAAACGACACCAUGCCAGACUCGCAACAGAGCACCAAUCGCGCUUCACCCACUUCUGAUGAAAUGAUGACAUCGGAACGACUGGACAAACUCGGCCACGAUCUGAAGCUCAUAGAAGCGGGCGGAUUGGCAGCUCAGUGCUGUUUGCUGAUCCUGGACAGCGAGGGAUUGCCCAAACCACUAUACUCGGAGGACAUGAUCUCCGCUAGUAUACGGGUUGUAAAAGAUCAGAUCACUAAGGUCAUCUUACCUCUCGUUCAUGGUCUCGCAGGUGGCAAAUCGUCUUCUCGUGCUCUGUCACAUGUAGUAGACGAGGAAUUACAAUUAGCGAAGAAGAGCAAGAACAAAACCAUAUCGCCGUUCUUCCAAAAUCCUGUCCUAUUGGUCAUCGCCCAGUCCGCCAGUACCACCCUAAGGCAUCUCAGCUCCAUGAUGAGUCGUCCUGACCUGUCAUUUCCGGAUACUCUUGUCAUACAGAAUGUUUAUCUGUCUAUCGAACCGCUCUUCGCCGCCGAUCCGGUCAACGUAACCAAAAAGAAAGGGAGAGAAUCAGGUAAGGACGUCGGAGUGUCAAUCAUGAAGACUCUACGGACAGAGGCGCUUGGUUGUCUACGUGGGGCUUUUGCCAAAUACGAAGGUCAAAGACAGUGGAUCAUAGAAGAGAUUCUUGGUUCUCUGGCGAAAGUUCCCGAACAAAACGCUUCACAGGCUCGGUUUCAAUUGUCUGACGGAAGUUCGAUCAGUACGACCUCGGCUUUACUCUUACAGCUCAUACAAGCUUCCACCUUCGUUGUUAUUUCACAGAUACGCAGACUUAGAACCACCGUUGUCGACAUGAACAGCUCGUCUUCUUCCCUUGUACCGACAGACACAUCCGACGAGGAGCUUCGUCUAUUAACGGAUGCGAUGGACGCAUCAGUGAAAUCAGCCCGGGUGGUGGCAUCUUACUUGGUGCAGAGGUCUAGUACUGCGAAAGCCACCAAAACAUCUCGAGAUACCGACUACAAGGUCGUCCUUGAGACAUUUGUCAAAGAUCUGUUAGAGGUACUAUAUCGACCGGAAUGGCCAGCGGCCUCAUUGUACAUCAGCCUAAUAUCUCGACUGAUGCGUAUCGCUGACGUGCUGACUUCUGUCGUGGAAGAGCAGAAAGGGGGCAACGAAACUUCGACGGCAAGAAGCAUCGCUCUUGAUCACUUGGGCGACAUCGCUGCUCGUCUCAGGGAAAUGCACCUCAAGAUGAAGGCAGGGCACAACGUCCCAUCGACUGAUGAUCUCAUCUCAAACCCUUCUGCCGACGGAUGCACCUCUCUGCUCAAGGCGCAACACCUGAUUGCUUCCUUUUUGUCCACGGCUGCUGGAGAGGACGCUAUGUUCUCCGGUGCUCGUGACAUGUCUUCCAUCAUCUGGGCUCAAGAGCUCCAUGCAGCCAUCAGCAAGGGUACAUCUGUCGUCGAAAAAGUGGCAAAAGAAAAGGGGGAGGAAGCUGAGGAAACUCGAGAACAGCUCCAGGUAAUCAUCCAGGCACUACGAUCAGCGCUCCUGAAUGUUUGGAAUUCAGACGAGAAUGUGUUUGGGACGAGCGAUCCUCAAAUCGGUGAACAUGCUGUUUCAGCUGCUGUUGCCAUCGCUCGAGGAAGGUCGUUGCAAAAUGCUUUCGAACCCAUACUUCACGCCAUCAUCAGUGCCAUGGACAGCCCCGCCGUGGCCCACCGUCAGAAGGCUUUGAGGGGUAUCAGCAGUGUUGUCACUGUUGAUCCUGACAUCUUAGGUCUCGUACAUGUCAGACAUGCCAUUGAAGACAGAUUAUCAGACGGCUCACCCGCUGUGAGGGACGCAGCAGUGGAAUUAGUCGGCAAGUAUAUCGUCCAGCAACCUCAGCUUGCAGUUGAGUAUUAUCCUCAGAUUGCGUUGCGUGUCAAUGAUUCGGGACUAGGUGUAAGGAAGAGAGUUAUAAAACUCCUUCGCGGUAUAUUUUCUUCGGUCGAAGAUCGAGUCGUCCGUGUGGAUAUUUGUUGCAAGUUGGUAGGCGCAAUGGCAGAUACAGAUGACACUGUUCAAGAUAUGGCCUUGAAAGGAUUGAUGGAGAUAUUGUAUCCUCAAGGAGGAAAUGUGCACUCCGCUUUACUCUUGGUGGAGAUUAUUGGCGAGUUUCAAGGUAGUGACACGCUGCUGAAGAAGGCUCUUCAAGGAAUCAUAAAGGAAUGUGAGAAGACUUCCAGGACUGCGAGCAUUCAAGAGACGGUGGAGGUUCUAAUCCGUCAAUUGGUAGAUGCUACUGAGCAAGCGGACUUUGAUGCCCUCAGUCAUAUCCGAGCCAUACAUUUGCUGUGCGCCAGUUUACCCGCGUUGAUCGAUACCAACCAAGCCACCGUAUUGCUCUCGUACUUACGUCCGCCUGCCAAUACGGACGAGCAAGCCACAAAUGAUGAACUUCUACGCAUAUUCCAAAAGUGUAUACCCCAUAUGCCGCGCACGGCUUCGACGUUCGCGACCGACCUAGUGAAAGCUUUGCUACCCAUGAUCAGCAAACCCGCCGGUGGUUUCCAAGCAUUGAAAGAGACCAUAGGAUGCUUUUGCGUUGUUACCACAUGUCUUACUCGUGACUAUACCCGUCUUAUUGCAGUCCUCCGAGCGUGUGAAAACAAGAUCCGAGCAUUCCACAAGGCGCUCAAAGAUGGACAAACCCCCAAUGUUCAGGCCGCGGCUAUGAUGCUGUACAUCACCGCUCUUAUCGCCGAGCAUUGUAAUCUGGAUCAAGUCGCCGUCACCAAUGAGAGCGUCAAAACGGAGCUUGUUAAGAUCACAGAUGGUUUACUCUAUGAAUAUCUCUUCUAUCUGUAUCUCCAAUUUACUCAUCUUCCAAUUCCUCAAACGGCGCCCAGUAUCUGUCUCGGCUGUUUGUUCCAUACUUAUCCUGCUUUGGUACUGCGUGACGAAGCCCUAGAUUGGAUGAACCAAGUGUUCUCGUCACCCGACAUGGAUAACCGGGCUCGACUUCUGGGCGUGAUACAUGAUUUCCUAUCGUCUGAAGUGGAGAAGAAAACAGCUGGUCAAGGAAACAAAGAUCUCACAGCGUUGAUAGGAAGUGCUACAGAUCUUUCUGAGUCAGGUGUUUCGACAGCAGUCUUACAACGUAAUAUUGAACAUAUCCUCUCAGGAGCGAAAUCUCAACAUCCCCCCACUCAGAACUCUGCUUUGGACGUAUUGGCAUUCACAGUUAAUCAAGGGCUAUAUCAUCCCCUUCAGUGUUUACCCAUCCUCAUCUCCCUAGAAACUUCCAUAGAGCCUAACGUAGCCGACCGCGCACUCGACCUCCAUGCUACACUUCACCAGAAACAUUCAACAUUGGUCAAUGUCAGAUAUCUGGAUUUCGCAAAGGAAUCAUAUGACUAUCAAAGGUCUAUGUCGUCUGAAGUAUGUGGACAUCGGAAUGGGGUGGCAUUGUUGGCUCCGUGGUUUGGGUUGCCUGACGUCGGUUUCAUCCUUUACAUCUCGGAGAACCUCGCUACAUUGGAAUACAAACUCCAAGAAGAAAUAAUCACGAUCAUCCAAUCUCUUUCAAAUAUAAUUUCCACUUCUCAUAAUCUAUCUGAAUUACUAGAAUCUGGUCAACUAGACCCAUCUUCGUCUCCCAUCGAAGAGAUCUCAAACAAAGAAUGGGUAUCAGAAGUAGGGGAAAGAAACCCCGCUGGCGUCAUCAUCGAUUGUAGCAUAGUGGUUUCUUUAGCCAUCAUGACCAAGAACCAUCUGCUUGAUUUGUAUUCAUUAGCAGAAGACAAAUGUUUGAAACAUACUUUAGGUAAGAAGACUGCUUUGGGUGAUAAACCCGCGAUUAAGAAAGGUCCUACGGGUUUGGAUCUGAGUGUAGAUCCUCUGGUCAGGGGAGUCGGUACGGUUGAAGAAUUUGAAAUGCAGCGUCAAACUUUUAUGAGACUGGUCCGAGAUGAAGGUUUGGAAGAUCUUUAA